AUGUCCAUGGAUAGGUCGAGAGACGAGGAUUCGUCCGGCUCAGGAGCAUCUACAAUUCGACAUUGGAGAGAACGUGAUCGCGACGAGUCAAGCAAAAGAAGCAUCCGCGAGAGGGAACAUCGCCAGCUCGGCCAGAUCGUCCAGCACAUUGGCCCUGGAACCACACCCACAAACACACCGGAUCAUGGUUCGCCCGCAGAGCCAGUCGUAGAAAAUGACUCCAGCUGGGUGACCGAGACUACUGAGACAGACACCGCAACUGAGACUGAUAGUGACGACUCGGAAGUCCCCAUCCGGGAGCUCUUGUGGAGAAAUGUGGCUCUGAGACCAUACCUUGUUCCCCCGACCCCAAGACGUCCGCAUUCCACGGUUCGUCGAAUCGGUGGGAGGCCCAGAUCCAACCUCAGAUCUGUGUCUUCUGCUCCCACACCCGAGGCCGAAGCUUCUCAGUCUACCACCGGAAGUGGGGAAGCUGGACAGACGGCAGAUCCUGAAACUAGAGCUCCCGAUGCCUCUGCUCAGUCAGCCGAAGUCGAGUCUAUUAUCGAAGACGACGCCCUCGCAGAUGAUUAUGAAAUUGGUCUUUCCACUUCAGAUUCAGCGCCAGACUCUAAUGGGGUUUCCACAGCAUCGACAAAUCCCGUCGAGUUCUUCAACUCGAUCGUAAACAAAAUCAAGAAGCUGGGCAGGGCCCGCGAACGCAGGAAAGAGCUGGAGCGCUCCAACUACUGGGUAUCUCCCUUCAAGAACCUAGACCCGAGUGUCAAACUGGACGACGUUCUGGAAAACUAUGACAAGGUUGACGUUCAGUCUGCGCUCGACCGCCACAAGUUCACCAACGUCAUCAACGACACUCUAUACGAGACCGAGAUGGAACAUUAUCCUGACUACGAAUUCGUAAACGAGGGUAAGGUCAUACUGCCGCCAACACCACCCGACUGGGACUGGCGUGUGUUCCCCAAGGACUUUCACUUCCUGUACAGAGGCCCAACACCACCUCCGCCGCCCCCUCCACCUCCUCCUCCGCCUCCUCCCCGUCCACGGCCUCCACCCCCUAAGCUCAUAUCUUCCCUCAAGAGGUCUCCCGGCGAGGAGGGCACUUCUUCCAAAAAGAAAACUGUUCAUUUCCCCGAGGAGAUCACAAACCGAAUCGUGUGGGUGCCAGAUCCCCACGUCCCCAACCCCGACGCCACAACCGAUUUCACAUGGCAGCUCAGGCGCGCGAAAUCACGCGCCAUGUAUCCCCUCACGCGCUCGUUCCUAAUUCGCAGAAAACCAUUAGAUAACCGCCGCCGAGUUGUCUACCACGGCUACAAGGCCGACAUGAUGUGGAUCGGAAGCUACCUCAGACUGUUCAAGGAGCCUCAGGAGAAGGGAGAGAAGCGCCACUCGGUACUCGCCCUGUACGAGGAGUCUCCGUUCUUUCAAGAGCUCGGCAUGACCACCCCUGUCGCCACCAUGCGCGCCUGCGGCAAGAACAACAAGGACGUGCGGGUCAGCGUCCGUCCUACAUAUUUCCCUGACAAGAAAGCUUGGGUUUACGAGAAGAUCCGCGCGCGCAUCGACCCGCCCACCUACGUCGGCUUCGACCUCCCUUCCUACUGCGGCCGGCACCGCAAACACUGCCGCGCUCACUGGUUCCAGCUGCCGAUUGGACGCGAUACAGAGCCCGUCAAGAUGUCGACGCCGAUGAUGUGGCGCGUCGGCAAGGACCACAAUGAGCUGUAUCGAAACCUGGACGGCCACGAACCCGAGCUGAUUGCCCGCUGGACGAUGGGCGCCAUCACGCUCGACCCGACCAUCGAGUUUUACCAACUGCAGCUGCUGGGCUCUGCUACGACGGGAUGCCUUGGAGAUGAGUUUCUGCGAUUGGCCAUCCUCACUUCGGCCAAGUUCAUGAAGAUCUUUGACUUUGAUGCAGAGCAACAGCGGAAGUAG